AUGAUAACUGCAAAUGAUGCUGCUCUUCCGGCUCUUGAAAGUCUUGAUAUUAGAGGAUGUGGAAUAACGGUUAACGACAGAAGAGAAAGGAAAGAUUCAGCCAAACCUUCUCCCAGCUUUCGAGGCUUCAUCAUCAAGUCAUUGGUACUAAUUGAUAACUCAAGAUUGCAAUCUCUACAACUGAAUUUCUGCACAUCGCUGGAACGUUUGGAAAUCCGUUGGUGUUAUUCGCUUGUUGCACUAGAGGGCUUGCGAUUCCUCGUGAACCUCAAGCAUUUGGUAAUACUCAAGUCCACUGCCUUUGGCUCCCUUACCACAUUGGAGAGUUACGAUUCAGUUGAGGGAAUUCCAAGUCAUAGCUACGAGUUAUUCCCUGCACUGGAAAGUCUUGAGAUCGAUUACUUGUCUCUCCUCAACACGUCAUUCUGUAAGGGCCUCACCCGCCUCCGAAGCUUGAAGCUUUUUUAUUUGAGGGCACCGAGACUAAUAGAUGAGCAAGAGAGAGCACUUCUGCUCCUCAGGUCCCUGCAAGAGCUACAAUUUCAGUAUUGUUUUGGUCUGGUACAUCUUCCUGCGGCGCUGCGCGGCCUCAUUUCCCUCAAGAGAUUGGAGAUAAAUAAUUCUAGGGCCAUCUCAGGGCUUCCGAAGGAUUGCCUUCCCCCUUCACUGGAAGAACUGGUGAUCCAAGAGUGCAGCGAUGAGUUAUCAGAAAAAUGCAGAUCGCUACCAACAAGCAAGCUAGAGGUCACAGUUGAUGGGCGCUAUGUGGACUGAUUACCGAGUAUCGCUCAUAGACAAUCAUUUUUCGAGAAAACACCAAAAUAGUACAAUCAUAUGCUAUUGGAGGGGUCUCCCAGGCCACCCCUGUCCAGGGUCACCUGUUACAUUUGAAGUGGGGGGAAAUGCUUAAUGUAUUUUUCUUGUGAUAUGGAUAGGUUUGGUUUCACUUCAGGACAUCAUCCUCAACCUCAGGCGGUCAUGAUAACGGUGUCUUAUCCUCAUAAACUCAAUAUUUGUUCUCGACCUGUUGGGAUUUCCAAUUAUAUACGCUGCUAAAAGUUUGAUCCAUUUGUAAGCUGCCGUCCCCUCCCACCCAACUUGUCUGUCUGAUGCACCUGUUCUCUUCCAGCCUUUUCCGUAUCACCAUUCUGAAUGU